GCUCAGUACAGAGAGCCCAUGAAAAGAAGGCUGCCUCCUGCAUGUGCUUAGAGAAAAGCCAGGGAGAGGGCAGGGGGGCCCUCGGAUGGAAGGAGCUACAGGACUCGUAUGGAUAUGGGUGGGCAGCAUGACGCUGCUGGCACUUACUGUGCCCACUUCCAGCGGGAACAGAAAUCAGUCAGAGCAUCUCAAAGACAUUGUGGAACAUUCAGAGAUUAUAGAACCCCACUGGCUUGGGGACUUCUUUAUAGGAAUGGAAGCUGGAGGCAAGUACCCGGAACAUGCAGAGCUGCUUGUCAAGGCAGAAGGUCAGGAUCUCAUCCUUUCCUUGCACAGAAAUGAACAAUUCAUCCAUCCAAACUACAGAGAGACUCAUUACAGCCUUAAUUAUACCCGUGUUGUCCGGACCCCCAACAUGACGGAACACUGCUAUUACCAUGGCAUUGUACAGGGGCAGGACAACUCUAGCGUGGUUAUCAGUAUAUGCUCAGGAAUCAGGGGAAUGAUAACUUUAAGCAAUAACUUGAGUUACAUUGUGGAACCAUUACCGGGGGAGGAUGGGAGACAUGUCAUCUAUAAAGCUGAACAUCUGGGCCUUAGUAGGAUAUGCCACGGACAUUCCAUCCAUUUCGAGGAAAAGCUUCCUACUCUCACCAGCAAUCUUUCUGGGCAUCAUUCGAGGUUUCAGAAACACGACUCGGACUUGGAAGAGACCCAGCGCAAGAUGUUGGAAGUCAUGAACUAUAUUGAUAAGUUCUACAGGGCUCUGAACAUUCGAAUCGCUCUCGUAGGGCUGGAGGUCUGGACAGCCGGUGAUAAGUGCAACGUCUCCGAGAAUCCAUACAGCACCCUGCGUGCUUUCCUUUCGUGGAGGAGGAAGCUUCUGCAGCACACCCCCCAUGAUAAUGCCCAGCUCAUAACGGGGCGCUCUUUUUAUGGUACAACUAUUGGUCUGGCUCCACUGCAGGCCAUGUGCUCUGUGUAUCAGUCAGGAGGCGUGAACAUGGAUCACUCUGACAAUGCGAUUGGUGUAGCAGCCACCAUGGCCCACGAAUUAGGGCAUAAUUUUGGAAUGAGCCACGAUGCUGCAGGAUGCUGCACGGCCAAACCAGAGGAGGGAGGUUGUAUUAUGGCAGCUUCUACAGGACAUCCCUUCCCUAAAGUGUUCAAUGCCUGCAACAAGCAGGAGUUGGAUCGGUUCUUCCGCUCCGGGGGUGGGAUGUGCCUCAGUAAUUUGCCAGACACCAAGACCUUGUUCGGGGGGCCACGUUGCGGCAAUGGCUUUUUGGAAGAGGGCGAGCAAUGUGACUGCGGGGACCCAGAGCAAUGCAAUAACCCCUGCUGCAAUGCAACCACAUGUACCCUGAUGGCGGGGGCAGACUGUGCGCAUGGGGCCUGCUGCCUGCGAUGCAAACUGCGGCCACCGGGGUUUCCAUGUCGGAAGCCAUCCCGACCCUGUGACCUGCCGGAGUUCUGUACCGGACAGUCUGCUGUCUGUCCGCCAAACUCCUUUCAGCUGGAUGGGACCUUGUGCCAAGGAGAACAAGCUUUCUGCUACAACGGGAGGUGCCUUACCCACCAACAACAGUGCCAGCAACUCUGGGGAGCGCGCUCGCGAGUGGCUCCAGAUCUCUGCUUUGAGCUGAUCAAUGUAGCUGGGGAUCAGUAUGGCAACUGUGGCCGGGACAUGAGUGGGACAUACAGGAGCUGUGAAGGAAGGGAUGUCAUGUGUGGAAAGAUUCAGUGCCUGAGUCAAGCCUCUAAGCCCAUGGAGUCCAAUGCAGUGGCCAUAGACACCACCAUCACUAUUGAAGGGAAGCGAGUGCAGUGCCGGGGGACUCACAUUUAUAAGGAGGAAGACGACUUGAUGGAUCCAGGACUUGUGCUUACGGGAACCAAAUGUGGACUGAACCAGAUUUGCUUUGAUGGGCAGUGCAGAAACACCUCCUUCUUGCAGGUGGAUGAAUGUGCCAAGAAGUGCCAUGGGAAUGGGAUGUGUAAUAAUAACAGGAACUGCCAUUGCUUUGCUGGUUGGAGACCCCCAUUCUGUAACCAGACAGGUAACGGGGGCAGCAUUGAUAGCGGACCAGUACCAGAAGAUGGUUCCCUGGCCUUAGUGCUCUGGAUUUGCAUCCCACUUGCAUUACUUGCAGGGAUGGCGCUUUCCCUUGCCAUGUUCUUUUACGUAUUCAGGAUCAGGGGAAGACAAGCCAAGACAGAGAGCUGCCCAGCAACCUGCCCUUUGCACAAAAGUGACAGUCCAACAAAACACGGUGUUGGUUCUACCUCCAAACAAAGACCACAAGUGCCCAUGCAACCCAAGAGCCCUCCAGUUUUGUACCCCACGCUGAGAGUAGAAAAGAGCCAGUCAGCUGCCAGUCAGCAUCACCAAGAGCAACCUGAGGGUGGUGCUGCAAAGUAUUCUUCUGCCAUCAGUCAUCAUUCCAACCAAGACCUCAAGGGUGGGGCUGGGAAGAUUCUUCAUGGUGUCAGUUAUCUUCAGCAGGGUGGAGCUAUAAAGACUGGUUAUGCAAUGAGGACUCCACCUCCGAAUAGACCGGCUCCACCCCCUCCUGCUCUAGCGCCAACGCCUCCUGCUCCAGUUCCACCCCCUCCUGCUUCAGCACCACCCCCUCCUGCUCCAAAGAGAUUAGAACGACCCAGAAGAUUACCGCUGCCGCCUCCUGUUCCUCCGAACCGCACCAGACGCAAGGCAAUGGAUUCCUCACUUUCAGGCCCAGAGGGCACCACAUGACGAAGCCUCCCACGCCCACCAUGACUCUUCUUUUGGGCAGUUAGCAAGACUUUCCUAUUAGAGACAAUGGGAUGGGUGCUUCUGUUUGUUGCCCUCCUGCUGUGAGGAGUAGGGGCUGAAGACCAUUACCAUAAGGGAAGGAAGAAAUGCAGUAACAAUUGAUUUGACUCAAUGCAUUCCUUGGUUACAGAGCUGUGGCAGGGAGCAUGCAGGUAUCCCCCUCCAUCUCUAGGCCCUUACCCUACGGCCUAGUGGAUUGGGCCUUUCUAGCAUUCUGGAUAAGGGCGUCCCCAUCCAAGAUGCAAUAAAUGUAAUAGCCAGGA